CGGUCAAUUUUGUAAACCCUAACUUCUCUAUAUAACAAACAAAAAUAACUAAACCUGUACCUUCCUUUGAUCUAUCUCCUUAAACCUUCCUUUUAUCUAUUUCCUGCAGUUUUGGUCAAGUUCUUCUCUUCUAUUCUCAAGCACUCUACUUUCGAGGUCUUUUUUUAGAAAUCGCCACCACCUAUAAAUUCAUGAAUUUGUGCAUGGAGGCAACCAAAUUGUAAGUUAAAAAAUCAAAAUCUCUGAUUCAGUUUUGAAUUUAUUUAUUUAGUUGUAUUAUUAAAUGGCUACAACAGAAGCAGCAGCUUCAACGAAAUUCAAGAACCCAGAUUUCAGGUCACAGCUACCACAACAGCAGCCAAUUGAGUUUCAUAAUAAGAAUAGAGAAACAGAGACUGAGGAUGUCAAAUCAUCACAUGAUGGUCUUGAAUUUUGGCAAUUUAUGGUUGCUGGGUCAAUUGCAGGUUGUGUAGAACAUACAGCAAUGUUUCCAGUUGAUACAUUAAAGACUCGUAUGCAAGCAUUAGUUUCAUGCCCAAAUCAAACUGUAGGGCUUAGACAUGCUUUUACAUCACUUAUAAAGCAAGAAGGUCCGUUGGGAUUUUAUAGGGGUAUUGGGGCUAUGAGUCUUGGUGCUGGUCCUGCUCAUGCUGCUUAUUUCUCUGUCUAUGAAUUCUGUAAAGAGUAUUUCUCUAAAGGAGACCCUAAUAAUUCUGCUGCACAUGCUGUUUCGGGUGUAUGUGCUACGGUUGCGAGUGAUGCUGUUUUUACACCAAUGGAUGUGGUGAAACAAAGACUGCAAUUGAGUAGUACUCAUUAUAAGGGUUUAUGGGAUUGUACAACUAGGGUUUUGAAAGAAGAAGGAUUUGGGGCUUUUUAUGCUUCUUACAGAACUACUGUUUUGAUGAAUGCUCCUUUCACUGCUGUUCAUUUCGCUACUUAUGAAGCCGCAAAAACUGGGUUAAUGGAGAUAUCACCAGAUACUGCUAGUGAUGAAAGGUUAGUAGUUCAUGCCACUGCUGGUGCUGCUGCUGGAGCUUUAGCUGCUGCAGUCACAACUCCACUUGAUGUUGUCAAGACCCAAUUGCAGUGCCAGGGUGUUUGUGGAUGCGACAGAUUUACUAAUAGUUCUAUUAGGGGUGUUAUUCGAAGCAUAGUUCAGAAGGAUGGAUAUCGAGGAUUGAUGAGAGGGUGGAAGCCCAGGAUACUCUUCCAUGCCCCUGCAGCUGCUAUCUGCUGGUCUACAUAUGAAGCAGGAAAAACAUUUUUCCACGGAAUGAAUGCCAAUAAGUAAGCAAGUAAUCCUCUUUUAAAAGGUGAAUGUAUUGUGGACUUAAGUGUAACCAAAAGACAACACGGGAUUACUUUGCCCUUGGGAGAGCCACAGAAUUACUUUGUCCGGAGUGAUAUAAAGCAAACAACACGUCUUGGAAGCAUCUCUUUGAAGCUGAUAUUUUUUAUUUAGUGGGUGAUAAAUUGAUUGGUAGGGUAGAUAUUAAUUUGUAUUAUUGUAUAAUAACUAUCUUUGAGUUCAAUAAUGUUGAUGAGAAAUCUUUUGAGGUGAUUGAAUACCUCUUUCUUCUCUUCUCUGUAUUGGGUUAUGAAUUACGAAGUUUUUUCAGUGAGAUUCUCUACAUUGAAGUUUCUUUA